CUCUAUUGUCCACGUUUUCUAACAAAUAUGGACUAAGCCCUGACUCCCACUAAAAAAAUCUCUUCCGCUCCGUAACCGGCACUGCCCGGUUCCCCGUAACUUUCCGUUACAAUCCAUCUCUUCAUAUACUCUCUCCAGAGACAAGUCUCUCUCGCUAAUUAGGCUUGAUUAUACUUCUAUUGGCUUUAUGGGCGCAGAAGACCCAGAAAUGGCCCAUGUAGACCCAGACUCCAUCCCCGAGCAAUCAUCCAAUUCUUUACUCGCAAACACCCGCUGCUGCUUUUGUUUCCCCUGCUUCGGUUCCCGUCGUUCUUCCUCCGUCGGGUUGGCCUGGUGGGAGCGAAUCCGAUCGUCAAGACGUCAUAGCGACGAUAAUCCAUGGUGGCACACUGGUGUUAGGGCUAUCAAGAAGAUCCGAGAAUGGUCGGAGAUUGUCGCUGGUCCCAAGUGGAAAACUUUCAUCCGGAGAUUUAAUAGAAGCAGAAGUAGUGGCAACGGCAGGCACGGCAAGUUCCAAUACGAUCCUUUGAGUUACGCUUUGAACUUCGAUGAAGGUCCCGGUCAGAGCAGUAAUUUCGACGAGGAAGACGAUUACGGUGGCUUUCACGAUUUCUCUUCCCGUUACGCCUCCGUUUCCCGGUCCGGUAAGCCGUUGGCGAUGGACGGGUCCCGUAAUAAGGACAUGGCGGUGAUCGCAGUUGGGUGAGAAAAGAAAGAAAGAAAAAGAUGCGCCAUGGAUUCUAGUUUGCGCCGGUAUGCGUUGGAUAACAGCUGUAGAGUUGUGUUGGUGACGUUAUGUGGCGGCGCUAAUUCCACUUACCUGUCAAUUCUUUAUGAAUUUCUUUCAAUAAUAUAUAAAUAUGUAUUUCACUUUUUUGUGUUUCCAUUGUUCUUUUUGAUGUUGGCGUAUAAAGACGAAGAAGAUGAUGAGGAUUUGCGUAUAGGAUUAAGAGAGAGAGUUUUAGUUUUGAUUGGUUGAUUGGUUGUGUUGGGUGUAGAAAAUGAUACAUGUAUAAAUUACUUGUUCUUUGAUAAUGGUUGUUAUGGAAUGGUUAAUUAUUUUCUGAA